CAAUAUGUGGCACGUGGGACAGGGAAUAAAACAUGCUGUGCAGUCCCCUUGUAAAGUGGGACACCUGCUCACCAUAAAGCUCACACGCUACUCGUCUAACAACUCACCGACAGUUGCAACGACCCCUCUUUUUAUUGCGAAAGUCCAGACCGGAAGCGCUCCACCUGUCCCCUCCAGCUUGCCGUCGUCUCACUAACUGUCCGCCCUGCCCUGCCUGAGUUUGCAGUUGAGUGCGCCAGGGCAGCACGGCUGUAUUAUAUAACUUUAAUGUACUCACGGGGUUUAAUGGCGCACCAGCAGCACAAUAUCGCGCUGCAGAUCUCUGGAUUCAUUGCGGGAAUUUAAUCCUAAGGCACUUUUUCCACCCACAAACCGUGCGACGUGCGUUUUUUAAAAGUUUAUCGACAGAUCUGCGCACACGGUGGAUCUUCUCUCCAGCUCCAGCUCCAGCAGCAGCUAGGUCAGCGACGUUUGUUGACUUUUAGUUAUAAAAUAGUUGAUAUUUUUUGCGGACGAUGUUUUCCUGCCGCACGGAGAGAGAGGCGGCAACAAACCCAGCUGUCAUUUCACCACCACGCAACAACAGCGCCGCAAGGAAGGGCUUUUAUUCGACAGCUUGAGACUGCUGCGUUGGACAUUCCGCGUUUAUUAUUUCUCACGUUUUUUUUUUUCUCCACCAACUUGGACCGACAGGAGAUGACCCAUCCUUCUUUCACUACAGGAUAAAGAAAUGGAUCAGGGUGGACUGAAGCGCAACGGUAAUCGAGACGACAGCCUGACAUUUGGGGAGACGGGAGCCGGAGUCGGCAGAGAUACGGGUGACACAGCUGGUUCACUGCUCCAGUCUGCAACGCACCUGCCCCAGCCCACGGUGGCCCCGAACGGACGGGGUGCAACCAAAGACCAGGGGGAUCUUGGAGGCCUCUUUGAGUCCCCUCAGCAUCAUGCCCUGUGCGAGGGCUCAGAUAUGGAGGAAGGUAAACUCAUCAGAAUGCAGAAACAACACCAGGAUAUUGGUGUAUUCAACAUGGAGGGCAACUUGUUGAAACAGGGUAUUUCGGCCACCUCUGUCAUCAGCACCUCGGUCUCCUCCAUCCUGGGCAACCUCCCUCUGCCUGACCUUUUCCCCCAGCACAUCAAGCAGGAGGGGGGGUUUUCUCUGGAUAAAGACUUGGAAACAUACAGCGGACACACAGGCGCUGGUCCGUGUGAUUUGGAUGUCAACAGCGGGCGCAUAAUCGAGGAUACUGAGAUUUGGCAAGACCUGGACCUCCCUAAUUCUCUGCCAGAAAUCAGCGAUUUCGAGUUGGAUUCCGAAGUGGCACACUUGGAUAACAUCCUACAUGUCAGCGGGGGUGGUGGCGGUCCCGGCGGUGGUGGCGGCGGCCUGCUAAAGGAAACAAAGCCUCACGUGGGUAACGGAGUAAACUGUACCAAUGUGAACGGCACGGAUCAGCAGCACCACCCCAUGCACCAGCAGCAUCAGCAGCAUCACCUUCUACAGCACCAGCAACAUCAGCUUCACCAUCAGCAGCCGCCCGCAUCGCUGCUCUCCAGCGUCAUGAUCAAGGAGGAGAAGGAUCCCGACGACUCUUUCAUCCACAUCCGUACCCCCGGCGUCGUCAAACAGGAGAAGCAGGACAGCGGUGGUUUCUGCCAGUCGCAGUGUCUCCAGAGCAGCAUCGGCUCUCUCCACGGAGGAGGCGCCAUGUCCUCGUCUAUGGGCAUCGGCGCGGGACCUAGCUUCCACUACAGAGCCAACCCGUCCUCCACAGUGGGCCUACAAGACCAGGAGCCUUUUGGCAUGUACUCAAACCUGCCUCUGGCGGGGGAGGGCUGGGCCAGGGGGAGCCGGUUUGGAGAGUCGUCCGGGUUACAGAGGGGUGACGAUGGGCUCCCCUCCGCCGCAGCCUUGGCAUCUUUUUCUGUCAGCUUCGCCAACUCGUCACCCAGAACAGGAGAGACCGGCAGUUCUGCAGUGCCGGGCCAAUCCAAGGCCGGCGGGCCGACGCAUAAGAUCUGCUUGGUGUGUUCAGACGAGGCCUCGGGAUGCCACUACGGGGUCGUAACCUGCGGCAGCUGCAAGGUGUUCUUCAAGAGGGCCGUCGAAGGAUGGAGAGCACGACAAAACACAGAUGGCCAGCACAACUACCUGUGUGCCGGGAGAAAUGACUGCAUCAUUGAUAAGAUCCGGAGGAAGAACUGUCCAGCCUGCCGCUUCAGGAAAUGUCUUAAAGCCGGGAUGAACUUGGAAGCGAGGAAAAACAAGAAGCUGACCAAGCUGAAACCAAGCAUCAUGCCUGUUCCAGUCAUCCCCAGGCCCAUGCCCCAACUCGUGCCCACCAUGCUGUCUGUGCUCAAGGCCAUCGAGCCAGAGGUCAUCUACUCGGGCUACGACAGCACGCUGCCCGACACCUCCUCGCGGCUCAUGAGCACUCUCAACAGGCUGGGGGGACAGCAGGUCAUCUCUGCAGUCAAGUGGGCCAAGUCACUGCCAGGCUUCCGCAACCUGCACCUGGAUGACCAGAUGACAUUGCUGCAGUGCUCCUGGCUCUUCCUCAUGUCCUUCAGUCUCGGUUGGAGGUCGUAUGAGCAGUGCAACGGUAGCAUGCUCUGCUUCGCCCCUGAUCUCGUCAUCAACAAAGAGCGUAUGAAGCUGCCCUUCAUGACCGACCAGUGCGAGCAGAUGCUGAAGAUCUGUAAUGAGUUCGUCAGACUGCAGGUGUCCUAUGACGAGUACCUGUGCAUGAAGGUCCUGUUACUGCUCAGUACAGUACCGAAAGAUGGCCUGAAGAGCCAGGCGGUGUUUGAUGAGAUCAGGAUGACGUACAUCAAGGAGCUGGGAAAAGCCAUCGUCAAGAGAGAGGAGAACGCUAGUCAGAACUGGCAGCGUUUCUACCAGCUAACUAAGCUACUGGACUCCAUGCAGGAGAUGGUCGAGGGUCUUCUCCAGAUCUGUUUCUACACCUUUGUGAAUAAAACCCUCAGUGUGGAAUUCCCGGAGAUGCUGGCAGAGAUCAUCACCAACCAGAUACCAAAAUUCAAAGACGGGAGCGUCAAGCCUCUGCUGUUUCAUCAGAAAUGACUGCCUUAAACUGUGAAGCAAUGCCUUAAAUCCUGCCCUGCCCGUGUACCUCUCCGGGGCCCCAAGCUUUCGCCCCAAGCCCUAAGCCUUUGCUUGUCCUGCCUCCCCAAAUCACUUCGUAGGAUCUGAUUCCUCGGUUUUCCCAAGCCCCUUCUAGGAAUUCUGCCACACCCCUCCAGGCCUCAGCCACUCAGCCUAAUCUCGGAGCACAAUACCUGUGGCUUCACGCCUCCCUAUCUGGUCCCAUGUUGGGCCAAACUACUGUAGGACACCCUACCACCGACCUGUAGCCCGUCCUCUUGGCUAACCAAGAAGAAAUUGUCCUCCAGGGGAAAUAUGUUGGCUCUGAAUGUCUCGUGGGCAGGAUGCAUUUUGGGCGAUCUAUUUUUUAUUUUAUUUUUCCAGCCCUCUCACCCCCUCCUCCGUCCACGGCCCUGUCCUCAGGUUUCUAAUGCUGUUUCUUUUGGUGGCUGCCUGCCUCUUACUCUCUCCAGCCUCCAGUGUUUAACUGUUGUUUUUAACACAUAGAAACACCUCAACAUGACACUUAAUAUACUGUCCAACUCACCGGAUUAGCAGCCUGUCGAAGCUCCCUCCAAGUUCAAGCCUAGUGGUCCUCUGCUUUCCUGCCCAGCUUGUCUGUUUGCCCUUCCCAGCUCCACUGCGCAGAGAUUGUAGUCGAGUGUUCACAGAGGACUGUUGGCGAUGAAGGGGAUAAAUAAAAAAACACAGCAAAAUUAGAAACAUACCUUGACAUGAGAUUUGUUUUUUCUUCUGGACCCAAGGACAUUGAGGACAAACUGUUUUCAGCUGUGAAUCACUUAUCAUUUCUGAAAUGAUAUGAAUCAGAUUUAUAUACCUGACCAAUGGAAGAAAUAAAAACAGCUAGAUGAAUAUUCAUUUAUUUUAUGCAGACACUGACCACACAUGCAAAAGUCAUGCUUACACACACAAACAUUGAAAAUAUUCACAGACACUUCACUCAACAAAAUGUUUACACAGGGAAUCUGAGAAGGGAAAAACAGUGCCUUUUAGCUUUUAAAGCUCUUCAUAGCCAUCCUCUGUAAACCGUGUUUUUUUUUGCAUAAGAAUCUAACGUUGACGAACAUUUUUUUUUUCUGUCUUUCGUUUUUUCCACGCUGGCAAAAUUCUGUUUUCUUUCCAAACAGCUGUUUUUGGUGUUUUUAAAUGUGGGCAGCUCUCUCUGUUUUGAUCCCCAGACAUGUACGUAAGGAAGACAGCCUGCGGUACAGAUUAGAAAAUGCGUAGAGCAGUAAGAAAUAUUGAGAUUUAAAUUUGUAGGUCUUAAAAAAAAGGUUGAGAAUCACAGAAAAAAAGACAGCGAAAGUUUAAAAAAUGUAAAUGUUAAAGUCCCAAAACACAUUUCAUGUGUCUCUUUUUUCCAAUCAGUAUCACAUUGUUAAACAAAGUUACAGAUUAUAUCAACAAAUAUAAUGUUGAAUCCAAAUACUUUAACAAGCUGCAACCACAUUGGUGCUAAAUGGACACAGCUGGAAUUAAACGAUAUAUCUGAUGUUUUGUAAUAUUUAGGGGCAGACUAACGUUAGGAUUUAGAUCUUGAAAUAAUCGGCGAAUUAAAUUAAAUCAGAUUUGUUUACAAAUCUUUGCAAUUCAAUCGCACAGGUGGGGUUUUACAAACUAAGUUGCUUUUAAAAAAACAUGCAAUGCGUCUGUGUGUUAGUAAAUAGCCGUAAUGAUUCAAGCAAAACUGUAAAAUGGUUACAUACAACUUGUUCCCUUUCCCAGAAAUCACAAUAAGGUCAAAUAGUUAUAUAAUUAAAGUUAUUGCGUGUUUUGUGUUGUAACCUAACAGGAGUACUAGACCGGUUACAUUUUCAAAAUACCAUGAACACAGUAAGUGGUUGACAAAUCUCAAACCUGUAAAUACUUAGAAGUAUAUUAACUGACUCCAUUAUCCAGACGUAAUUAACUCCACCAUGUAGUACUCCUGAUAGGUAAACAAAAAGCAUAGUAAAGUGUUGCAUUUCACUCAAACUACCAUUUUCAAUUAAUUACACCCUUUAAAUCAACUUCAUCUCAAAUUGUUUGCACAAACAGGAAAUAAUGGGGUUUAUUAUUAAGUUGUUGAGCUCAACAUGGCUGAAAAAGUUAAUUUAAUAUAUAUACAGAGAUACAUAUAUAUUUGUUUUGUAUAUGAGAUAUAAAAAUAGAGACACCCAUAAUCAAUGGCACCUCUGUUCUCAGCACAGGAUUUCACCUCUAAAGUGGAAAUAUUUUUGGAAGAAUACAGUUAGGUCCAAAUAAUUUGUGAAUCAAAGCUCAGGCUAUGGGUGACUACAUCACUUGGAUAUGUUUCAACUAGUGCCAAAUGUUAUAUCAAGUUUUUAUAUGUCUUUUUUCCUGGAGAUGUGAAAGAGUGAUAGUUCAGUUGGGAUUCAACAUUACGUGUUUUUUUUGUAACUUUGCUUGAGGGUGCUCAUUUGUGAGAAAGAUCUUCAGUUCAGUGUCACACCUACACCAGCUUAAAAAGUACUGAUUGUUACCAUCCAACUUAAGUGUAUGAUACUUUUUUUUUUUUUUUUUGGAGAUGCACAAAAUAUUGUAUUUUUGAAAUUGCAAAAGCAGUGAUGUCUACUGCUGUCAUAACAGGUGGUGGUCAGCAUUUGGUACAUUUGUAAUGUGAAAACAUGUUCGUACCAGCUUGUGUGACGGCCAAAGCAAAAUACAAUAUCAGUGCAGAUGUACAGCGCAAACACAGUGCCCCCCCGUCCCCCACUCAUAGUUCUAUUUUCCUCAGUGUUUCUUGUAACUGCCAGGCCUCUAUGCCUAAAAUGUCAACCGUACAGAUUUUUCAGCUGCUUACUCUGAAUGGUACUCGUCCCUCCGCAGUGCAUACCUCUGAAUGGCAGUUAACAGACCAGGUAGUAGGUUGCCAUAGAGACCGGUCAUUUGCGUGUUAUUUACAGCUAACAGCACAGUAGACUCUGGACGCAUACAAGACCAUUAUUCAAUAAGAGCCAUGUUUUUAUCAGCCAUUCUGCCAAAGGAUGGUCACUCAGAGCAGGGUUGUUUCAUGUACAGUGCAGGCUUUCACGGCUUCACUUCGCUAACUCGGUCUCUCGUGGCCUUGCGCUGAGAAGAACAUGGGCUUUGACGCCGCUCUCGUCAAUGUUGAUAAUUCUGGGGGAAAAAUUUGACUAAACUGUCUAUUUGUUUGGGUGACUCUUACAUACAGUAUUACAGUUGUUUCCAGGUGGUGGUGCCUCAGAAAACCAGCUUUAACGCGUAGAUGUAACCAUAUCCCUGCUUAUUUCUAAAUGGCCAUAGGUGUAUAUAGCAGCGCCGACAUAUCCAGUGCAAUGUAAACAGUGUCUAUUAUUACAAAAUAUUUUUACAUGGACAUAACCUCUAUACUCCUAUACAUUUUCUCGUUUACCUUUCAACUACGUGUAAAGGCCUUGCGAAAGGGAGACAGAGAGCCAUAGAAAUACAACUUAAAAAUCAGGAAAUAGAUAAACCCUUAACAUAUAUAUCGAUACUUUUGGAGAUUGAUCUAUUGUAAAAAAGAAAAGAGAUAAAAAAAAAGACAAUAUUUUCUGCGAUUUUAAAUAAAAUCAGCUUGAUCCUCUUUGAUAUGAAUAAUUUUACCCAAUCCUUUUUGUACAUUGAACGAGUCAAGAAAGUAAAUAUUUUUUUUUUUUUCUGUUUGUUGGUUUGUGUUUGAUAAAAGGUAGACGUGUUGAAUACAUUAUGAAGUGUUAAACAUGUUUGUCUUGUGAAGUAAAUGUAAAUUCUACGAGUCAAUGGGAAAGUCUAUAUGAAUGCUCACUGUGUUUUAAAGUUAUAAGGAAACGAGGGAGAGGGAGGGACGGAAGGUGAGACGGACUGGAGGAGAUUUUUUGCGAUAUAUAAGAGUGACCAAAGCAGAGGAGAAAAAAAAAAAAGAUUUAACAAACAGAAGUAUUCAAGCAGUUACAUUUUAAGUAGCACUUAUUAUCCAACUUCUAGUACUUCUUAUUUUAUUUGAAAGAUAUCUUUUGUAAAGGUCCAGGCUUUGGAUCCCGUGUAUAUUGCUGUGAGGAUUUACUGGUCACUUUAAAAUAGAAAACAAAACAAAAAAAGUUGAAUCUCCGCGUGAAAGUAAAUCUACCAGAGCCUGACGGAAUUGCACUACCCUCAUACUGGUUGAUAAAGUCUAUUUUGUAUAAAAUACAUGCAAAUAUUAUCUUUAAAGAUUAAGGGCAGAUCAUGUUUCACUGGUACAUAUGGCUAUGGCUUUCAUUGAAGUCUGUUUUGUUCGUAUUUCAGUUAUGUAAAUGUAAUCCAAUGUAAAAACAAACAAAAAAUAUAAAAUGUUUGUUUAAAAAAACAAUAGUUUGUUUUACUUCUGUAUUACACCUCUUCUGUAGUCAGUGUCGAUAUUUUCACCUAUUUGAUUAAAUGUUGAAUUAAGUUAUCUGUGUUGUUCUUUGACAUUGGAUUUGGCAUCGUGUUGGUAACAACUUGGAUGAUGUUUUUGUCAUCACUGGUUGAAAGCGAAGAUUCGUAAAAACUGAUUUCUCUUUAGUUUAAACAUCUUACACAAUAAAGUUUUCUGUUUUUCAAUGCUCA